AUGACUUUGCUUGAAUAAAUGGCUGAUGAGGAGCUAAGAGAAUAGGAAAUGUAUAGCAAUGCUGUCGGCUACGAUUUAAAUGAUCUUGACAAGCUCAUGAACUACUAAAGUUCCUCUGAAGAUGAAAAGGAAAGUAGUAAAUAGAAAAGUAAAGCUUCCAAUGAAAUUGAUAAUGAUAUUUACAAUGAAAUAGCUGCUUGCGAAGAUGAUGUCCAAAGUCAGUCACAUGUUUCUUCUCACCUCUCUUUACAAGACAUUGAUUCUAACUUAUUGAAAAAUGAGAGUUAAAUGGUCACACCUGCUAAAAAUAAUAACGGAACUCUCGUUUGUACAGCAAUAUAAAUGGAUGAUGAAAAGAAAUCGUCAUAAUUAACAUUUACUAAGAAGAUUAAGCCUAAGACUAUUGGAAAUAAAAACAAGUUUGAGGAUUCAGAUGAUGAUCCGGCUAAAUAAAAACACAAAAAUUUAUUGAAAAAGAUUAAAAAAUCUCGAUUAAAUGUAGACUUAAACGCCAUUGUUCAGUUUUUCUAUUCAGGAAGGUCACUUAGGAAUAACUUCUCUGAUAGGUUUGAUGAAAUAGAAUAGGAAUUUAUUUGUCUUAAUAAAUUUAGCCCUCAAAUUCUAGAUUAAUGUGGCUACACCACUACCCUCAAAAGCGAUCUCUAACUUCCUGGGAUAAACUUUAGAAAGAUCUAUGAAAAUUAGGAUAUUUUAUGCAAAAUAUUUGGCAAAUCCCUAAAGAUAGAAGUCUAAAAAUUCCCCAAAAAUCUUAUUUAAAUUAAAAGACAUGUCUAUGCAAUAGAUUCUAAGAUAGAUUUUGAUGAACUAUGGAAUUAGCAAGACAAGUUGUAGGACUCUGAAAUAUUUGACUAACUUUAUCAUAUUUUGCUUAAGUAUAUGAAGCAGUAUAAGAGUAAUGUUGAGGAUAUUGUUGAUAUCUUCAUUAAAGUUAAUGGAGAUUUAGAGUCUAUGAAGAGUUUGCUAGAGGGUAAAAGAGUGACUGAAUGGUCAGGGAUAGAGGAUUUAUCUUUAGCUAAGGAUAUUAAAAGUCAUGAGUAUUAAGUACUAGUAUAAACUAAAGGUAUUACUGAAAUUGAAAAAAGAAAAGCUUUUCUUUCAGAUUAAUUCGCUUAAUCUACUUUCUGA